ACAGAAUCUGCGUUUGUUUACGGUCCGGUUUCUGUCCACCACGUCACCACCCGCCAAUCGUCCUAAUCCAAGUAUCCGACACACACACACAUACACACGCUGAGGCUGUGUCAACUCCCCGCGCGCUUGCUACAAUUUAAACACAAGAUUUUCUACCUCGAUCGAAGAUGGCGCCGGAGCAGCAGCAUGCUGGUGGGGCACAAGUAGAGGAAGUCCCCCAGCCCUCGAUAACCGCUCAGGUCGCGGACGACUCCCAAGCAUCGGAUAACGACGGCGGAGAGCGCCCCGUUCGCAACAAGCUCAAGGAAACAUCCAUCACCUCGGUAUCCAAGGCCGACGACGACGCCGGCCCGCAGGAGGGGGAGACCAGUCGAGCUAGCAGCCGAGGCCGGAAACGGUCUUUCGAUGAGGAUCAACCCGAUAAGAUGGAAGAGGACUCGGGUCAUCGACGGAAGAGAUCGCGCGACUCGAAUACAGAGGAGGGGGAGGAGGAUGAGAGCAAUGUCGCCACCGUCGACGCGCCGUCGCAGUCAACGGAGGACCUCUCACGCAAGAUCCUGAGUCCGAAGAAGAAGCGGAGUCGCGACCAGCUGGAUAAGGACGAGGCCAAGCCGGCGGAAACCACGGAACCCGUCGAUCAGUCCACUACCGAGAAGGAGGUUGCGACGGAAAAGUCGGCUGCAGAGGGAGAACCUGAGAAGAAAAGACACCGGGAUGAUUCACAGGAGCGGGAGAGAGCCUCAAUCCCUAGCGGAUUUGCCAACACUUCGGCCGUGUCACCUUUCGGGGUCUUGGGUGCAAGCAAGCAAGAGUCCUCCGACCCCAGCGAAGUCAAAUCAUCUUCGGCCUUUGCGGCGUCUAGCAUGGCGGCGUUCGCCAAGUCGGAACAAUCGCCUUUCGGCACCUUGGGUAGUUCGACUUCCUCCUCUAUCUUCAAAUCGUCGACGUCUUCAGACUCCAGUAAGCCCGCUGCUACCGGGUUUGCAGCUGCAGCCGGUGGGUCCGGCUUCGCUUCCCUGGGAUCUGGUUUCGCGGGAUUCAGUGGUGGCUUUGGAUCUGCAGCACCUAAGAGUGCGCUUACGAGUUUCGCUUCUCCGGCGGCGCCCAGUGUGCUAGGCAGCUCGAAGCCUAGCGCUUUUGGUCAGCCGGAAGAAGAGGAGAAGGAGGGAGAAGCAGAGGAGGCCGAUGCCGGCCCUGCCGAGUUCGAGCAGGACAAGACGGACGAGCGGUUCUUCGAGAGACCCAUCGAAACCGGCGAGGAGAAUGAAAAGACGUACUUCUCGUGCAAAGCGAAACUGUUCCAAUUCAGCAAUAAGGAGUGGAAGGAGCGCGGCAUUGGCACAUUCAAAGUCAACGUACGGCUGACGGACGGGGUGGAAGAUAAGAAAGCGGCCCGGAUGAUCAUGCGUGCCGACGGCGUGUUGCGGGUGAUGCUGAACACGCCCAUUUUCAAGGGGAUGACGGUCGGCGAUGCAAAGGGCCAGGCGCCCAAGUCGAAGCAGAUCCAUCUUGCCAGUUUGGAGGAGGGCCGAUCGGUUCCGCUCCUGUUGCGGACGGGAAGCGAGGAACUGGCGAACGAGCUGUACAAUGUGGUGAAGGACUUGCAAUCGCAUCAGUGAGAGUCUUUGGGGCCCGCGGUUGAAGUGGGGAUCUCGUCGGCAUUCUGGAGACGGGAGAAUUGGAUUUAUACUACUGGCUGGGUCUAUACAUGCUUUGGGAUGGGGAGGAUUAUUGAUUGCCUCACACACAUGCAUAUCUGGAGGGUAACAGACCCUGUCUGUGUGGGUAGGUAGGAGUUAAAGACUUUGAAUACCGUG